CUGUGCAUCUCGCGUUCUGCUCGGGUCCCACGCGCGGCUGAGCCAUGAGCAGGUGCGCCGAGGCGGCGGCGGUUGCGGCCACAGUGCCGGGCGCGGGCGUCGGCGACCCGGGGCCGCGGCCCCCCAUGGUGCCGCGCCAGGCGUCGUUCUUCCCGCCGUCCGUGCCCAACCCCUUCGUGCAGCAGACGCGGAUCGACGCGGCCCGGCGCGUGCAGAUUUUCCUUCUUGGAAUCGUCCUGCUUCCCCUGCGUGCCUUGAUGGUGGCAUUCGUCUUAUUACUGGCAUGGCCAUUUGCUGCAGUGGCUACUGCGUGUUGCCCUGAAAAGCUGACCCAUCCAAUAGCCGACUGGAGGAGGAAAAUUACUCACCCAGCUUUGAAGUUUCUGGGUCGUGCCUUGUUCUUCUCAAUGGGAUUUCUAGUUACUGUGAAAGGAAAGAUUGCCAGUCCUUUGGAAGCACCAAUUUUUGUUGUCGCUCCUCAUUCAACAUUCUUUGACGGAAUUGCUUGUGUUGUGGCAGGAUUACCUUCCCUGGUGUCUCGCAAUGAGAAUGCAUAUACCCCUCUGAUUGGCAGACUGUUACGGGCUGUGCAGCCAGUGUUGGUGUCCCGUGUAGAUCCCGAUUCUCGAAAAAACACAAUCAAUGAGAUAAUAAAGCGAGCCACAUCAGGAGGGGAAUGGCCCCAGAUACUAGUUUUCCCAGAAGGAACUUGUACUAAUCGGUCCUGUUUGAUUACUUUUAAACCAGGAGCCUUCAUUCCAGGAGUUCCGGUGCAGCCCAUCCUCCUCAGAUACCCCAACACAUUGGACACAGUGACCUGGACAUGGCAAGGAUUUACAUUCCUCCAGCUCUGUGUGCUUACUUUCUGCCAGCCCUUCACAAAGGUAGAAGUGGAGUUUAUGCCUGUUCAAGUACCAAACGAUGAAGAGAAAAAAGAUCCUGUGCUUUUUGCCAGUAGAGUCCGGAGUUUAAUGGCAGACGCUCUGGGCGUGCCAGUGACAGACCACACGUAUGAGGACUGCAGGCUCAUGAUUUCGGCUGGACAGCUCACACUGCCCAUGGAAGCUGGGCUGGUGGAAUUUACCAAAAUCAGCCGUAAGUUAAAACUAGAUUGGGAUGGCAUUCGUAAACACCUGGAUGAGUAUGCGUCCAUUGCAAGUUCCUCCAAAGGAGGGAGAAUUGGAAUCGAAGAAUUUGCAGAAUACUUGAAGUUACCUGUUUCAGAUGUCCUGCGACAACUUUUUGCACUCUUUGACAGGAACAAUGAUGGCAGCAUCGACUUCCGAGAGUAUGUGAUUGGCCUGGCUGUGCUGUGCAACCCUGCCAACACAGAGGAGAUCAUCCAGGUGGCAUUUAAGCUCUUUGAUGUCGAUGAGGAUGGCUACAUAAUGGAAGAAGAGUUUACCACCAUCCUGCAGGCUUCUCUUGGGGUGCCUGACCUUGAUGUCUCUGGUCUCUUCAAGGAAAUUGCCCAAGGGGAUUCUAUUUCCUAUGAGGAAUUCAAAAGUUUUGCCUUAAAACAUCCGGAAUAUGCUAAGAUAUUCACAACAUACUUAGACCUUCAGACAUGUCAUGUAUUCUCACUGCCAAAUGAAGCCCAGCCUGCUCCUUCCAUUCCAAGUAAUAAAGUCAGUCCUGAGAGCCAUGAAGAAAGUCCAUCAGACAAAAAGGAUGACUGAAAGUCAUAUUGCCAUGAAGAACACAAUGGUGUGGGCUUGAAAUUAUGCAGGCAUUUGUUGAUCAUAUUUGAAAUGUCUGUUGAGCAAUAAUGUCUAAAAUGGAAAGCUUUUAUUGUAAAAA